AUGCGUGCUCAUGAUGGGGCUAUCAUUAUGCCUAACAUAGUCUCCUUCAGCGACAUAAACGAACAGAAGGAAGACCAAGAGUCAGUUUUUAGCUUCACCGGUGGACUCAAGAGUGGCAUCCAAGUUGAAAACAACUCGAGCGAUAGGCCCAGGACCGUUGAACUCUACAAGGACGGAUUUAUUGUGGACGGAGGGGAGUUUAGGAGUCUUGAAGACCCAGAAAACAAAAAAUUCAUUCGUGAGAUUCAACAGGGUAUCGCGCCAAAGGAAUUGCACGGUGGAAAUAACGAAAUUUGCAUACAGCUCGUUGACCACCAAUCAAUCCCAUUCCCUGGAAAGCAAAGCAAAACUAAAAAUACACCGUUAAGGGAACGUAGAUUUGAGAAAUACAGCAAAGUACCUGGCAAAACCCGCACAGUCAACAUAAAACUAUACACAGGUGAAUCUAUAUCUCUGGAAAUAUCCGAAAGCGCCUCCAUCAACGAUUUAUUUGACUCUAUAAACAGCCUUUCAGGACUUAAUACACAACAAUACAUUUUGUUGGCCGACUAUCCGCCCAAACAGAUAACCUACCCACCAACAGUCACUCUUUCCUCAACUGAUUUGUUCAACACCAUUAUUAUUCAAAGGAAGACCAAUUAG